CCAGCCUGUUCCACGUUCUUCCGCCAUUACGAAGUGGCGUACAUACUCGCUAUUCUCCGGUGAGAGAGCAGGGCGACGUUACUCUCGACGCUUACCGACGCUCGGCGUCGUUGAGCGAGUGAGCGAGUGAGCGAGCGAGCCAAGCGAGCGGACGAGUGAGCAACUGACGAGUGAGUCGAAGUAACGGCCGCGUGAGUUGUCCGCGGAUUUCGUACGGUCUCGGUGGUCGGGCGGCAGAGUCGCUCCGCGAGAUAAUUAAUCGCGCGCAUUUGCCGAGCGCGGCUGAGAGAGAGAGCGAGCGGGACGGGCAUCGCGGGCGCGAGGAACGAGCGAUCGGAACACGCUACCGAGCAGGAAGAAUUAGGCAGAGGAGAAGGAGGUGGCGGCAGCGGCGACGGAGGAGGCGAAGAAGAAGAGGAAAAGAGACGCCGGCAGACAUGGAGAAUAGGCCGGCUCCGCUGCGCUCGCGGCGCGUCUGCCGAUUCUGCUUGUCGGACUCGGAGCCGCUGAGCUUCAUCUACGAGCGCGACCACAACAAGCCGUUCCAGGUGCCGCUCGCGCUGCAGAUCAUGUCCUGCGUCGCCAUCGAGGUGUACGCCGCAGAUGGGAUGCCGCAGAUGAUUUGCAACAUGUGUCGCUGGAAUCUGGACCGCUCGUACAAAUUCAAGCUGCAAUGCAAGAAGGCCGACGAGGCGUUGAGGGACUAUCCCUUGUCUGGAGUAUUGCCGAGACCCUUCCCUCCCAUCCCCAGUGACCCGCCGACGGAGGUCGGUAUCAAGAGAUCCUCUGAAUCUAGAUUGCACAAUGAGGUCUCUAAGAAGCAACGCAUCUCUGAUAACGAGAGCAGAGAUCUUAGAGAGAGACGUGAGACCAGAGAAAGGGAAAGGGAGAGGGAGAGAGAAAGAGAAAGAGAGAGACAAAAUGAAAAACAAAGGGAGACUGAAAAACAAAGGGAGACGAGCAAUGAGGAGCUUUACGAAGAGGAGCAGGACGGUGGCAGCGAGAAUGAGCAGGAAGUGAGUAAUGCCAAGGAGGAGAGGAAAUUAGAGCCAGGAGAGAUCAGAGUGUUCGCAUGCGAUUUAUGUGAUCGCACCUUCCCUCUGCGACAAGCUCUACUGCUGCACGUUCAACGCGGUCAUCGCGAUCGUAAUUUCAAGUGCACCGAAUGCGAUCGACACUUUUUCACCAAGUAUGACCUAAGUAAGCAUAUGAGCACGCAUUCGGAGGAAAAGCCGUUUUCUUGCUCCAUCUGCCAGAAACAGUUCUCGCGGUUGAAUCUGUUGCAACGUCACGAGAAGGUGCACAGAGAUGAAACGCGAUACGCCUGUACGCAUUGCGACCGCGAGUUCUUCACCACGGAGGAACUCGAGAAGCACGAGGAUUCGGCGCACAAGAAAGAAAAGCCAUUCCAGUGCAACAUCUGCAACAAGCGCUUCCAAUACAAGCAGGGCCUGGAACGUCACGAGAUGCUUCAUAAUGAGGACAAGACAUUCGUGUGCGAUUACUGUAAAGAGGCCUUCCACACCAGCACAAAAUUAGCCCGGCAUUUGUCUACCCAUGCUGGUCAUCGACCGUACAUGUGCAAAUUAUGUCCGCGCACGUUCUUGCUGUCGCAUCAUUUGACCAGACACAUGCGUACACAUUCGGUAGAGAAGCGCCACGUGUGCGAGGAUUGCGGCAAGGCGUUUAAACGCAAGGAGAGCCUAGAGGUGCAUCAAUUAACGCACACGAAGCGCACGGGCAUGGGUCUCACCUGCGAUGUCUGUCAAGAAUCUUGUCGUAAUCGCGCCGACUAUGUCACUCACAUUAAGCAACAUAUCGAAGCGGGUGAGAAAAUGGGUCCGGACGGCUUGCAGCCUGAUACCAAGAAAAAUGUUGAAUUAGAUUCCGAUGAGGAGGAAGAGGAAGAACAAUACACUGAUGGGGACGACGAUUACGAGCCACCGGCGUACAUUGUGAAAAAGUUACCGAAACCGCCGAAGCAAGCGAAGCCUUCCGAGAGUGAGGAGGAGGAAGAAGAGGAGACGGAAGACAAGGAAGAGAAAUCCGAGAGACAAGAAAAGGAAGAACGCAAGGUGGUGUAUGUGCGCAGCAAAGACGGCAACAUGGUAAAGAAGACUAUUAAAACGCUGAUGCCUAUCCAGCGUCGCGAGGUUCAAGAACCGAAAGUCGCGAAGACGCAAGCCACUCCAACUAGCUCCUCUUCUCAGAACAGCUCGAAAGGUGCCACGACGUCGCAGAACAAGGAGGAGAGUCCCAAGAGUAGGGACUCUCGCUUGGAUGAGACCGAGGCGCAAGUGCAAAAAAUUGUCGCCUCGGUGUUCAAGGAGCACAAGAUUCCGCUGAAGCACCAACAGAACGCCAGUCAAGAACAGUCUAAAGAAUCGCCAGCACCUGUGACGAGAUCCCAGAGCGCUUCCCAGGAGAGUUCCAAGGACAAUGAUAAGACGGAGAUGCCGGCAUCCACUCCGAAGACUGUCAACACCGUCAAAGUGAUCAAAAGAAUUGUGUUGAGGAAGCCGGGAGGAAGCAGUAGCGAAGGCACACCAACAAUCAGUACAGUUGCUCUCAAGGAUGGGGAUGUUUCCCUGAGCGGUACUCCCGGCUCGCACAAGGUGAAACGAGUGAUCGUUCGUAGAAUUAUCCGUCAAGGUGACACUACUCGUGAGGUUAUCAUGAAUCCGGAUGGCACUGCGAUAGAUCCCGCGGAGCUGGCAAAACUGCCGACCGGUAACGUAGUGAAGCGUGUAGUGGUGAAGCGACCGCUUGAUAAGAGUCAAAAUUUAGUACAAGCGGUAUUGCAGUCCGCGGAACAACGUCAAAAAGGAGGGGAUGUUUUAAACGAGAAAUUCGAACUGAAGACUACGGCAUCAUCUAGUAGCGGCACGCCGAAGAGUGCGGUAGCUUCGCAAAAGACGCAAGUGGUCACCCAGAGCCAAGAUCAGGAAACCAAGGAGAAGUUGGAGCGAUUGGAGAAGCGAGUGGAACAGCAACGGUUGAAGAUCGAGGAGUUGCAAGCGAGGAAAGCCCAGCAGGACUACGAGGCGGUUGACGAGAUGUUGCCGGAGCGACACGACGAGUCUGAAGAUGAACAGCAGCUACCGCUCAAGAGAGUGUUUGUGAAGCGGAAACAGAGUAUAUAUGACGAGGAACGAGAGUACAAUGACGACACAGAAACGGAGUUGACAAAAAACAACCCAAUCCAAGAAGAAAAAGACGAAACGGAUCAAGUUACUGAGAAGGAAGAUGUGACUCCAGUCGUGGAGGAGACAUUGGAAAAUGUUCAGAAAGAAGUCCAGAGCAUGACGGUAAAAUCGACAGUAAGCGGCAACAGUAGCACUACAACAAGUAGCACUACUGUGAAGAAGACUCCGACAGUCGCCAGUAACAAGGUGUAUACAAACAAGCGUUACAUGAUCGUGAAACCUGGCGAUACAUCAGAAGUGGAGGAGAUGAGCCGCGAAUUGUGCAGUAUUUUCGAGACUACUGACAACGUGGUUAAGAUGCAGGAGACUGUUCUGAGUAAUCUUUCGCAAAUUUCCGGUAUCGCGGCGUCAACAUCAGACGUAAACGCGAAACAAAAGAUCGACGAUGUCUCGGCGAUGGAGGUCGACGAGAGGGUGGAUCAGGAUGGCGUAAUAAACCCGGAAAAUAUCAAAGAGGAAACAGCGAUGGAAGUUGAGGUCGCGCAAGAGACAGUGAUUAAGCUGGAACUGGAGGAGCCUUCGCAGGUGAUCGCCGUGCAAGUGCAAGAGAGUCAGCCUGAUGAGCCCCAUACUGCUCUUGAUAAUCAAGAUCUCUCUGAGACUGCUUCGAUCUUUGAGGCGUCAGAUGAUAUGCUGGAGGUCCGGAAAUCGGCGACUGACAAUCUGAACGAUUCCGUUAUUGAGUUGCCGCAGGACAAUACUACUAUUAAUCUGAAUGAUACUAACGAUAGUCAGGACAGCCUGGAGGAUAAACUCUCGCAGAUGGAGGGUUGAAAGGAGGUUUGUCUUUUUUUUUGCCCAGUCGAGGUGCUGCACCAAGUAAAAAUCAUGAUCUCGAAUUCGCUGUAAGAUUUCUGAGGUCUCUUGCACGAUUGGUAAUUAAUUUUGAUACUGGAUGGUAUUAAAAUUAAUCGUUCAAUUUAAUUAACGACAAUAUUAAUAUUUCGACCUUGAACCGUAUUAUUGAUAUACAAUCGAGGUCGACUAAGAAAAAAACAAUUGUAAUUAUGAAGCAAUAAAAAAAUUGCAUCAUUAAAAUUAAUUUGCAUGUAAAAUGUGUUUGAGUUAUUUAAUAUUAAAAGUAAAUCUCGAAAAUGUUUUAGUAUUUUUUAGUACUUUUUUUUAACUACAAAAGGCAUAUACACAAUCAGAAAAAAUAGCCUUUUAUUUGUAAUAUAUCUCCGAUCGUUUAAAAAAAAGCCAUAUAUAUAUGCGAUUACAUUCCGCACAUGGCAAAUGGUUUUUAGUGCGCAUCGUAAUUGAAAGGAUAAAAGAAUUAAGUUCAAUUCAACAUAUAUCUUGAGUUUUGACUUAAAAAUUAAAUACUUAUUAUAUAAUAAUUAAAACACAAAUUAAGUUUUUUGAAUACACGCACACACGCGUGCGCGCGCGCGCAUAUACACACACAUUAAAGUCACAUUAUUAUUUUAAUGAUUACAGAGUAUAAUAUAUAUUAAUAUUAUAUUGUAUUAUUAAUCAUUUUUAUUAUUACUAUAUAGGGUUUCCCAUAAUUAGCAAAGAUCCUUUUACGAGCGUAUUCUUUGAAAUAUUCUAAUUCGAAAAUCCCAAUAUGAAAAUAUUGAAACUAUAAUACUUUUCCAAUUAUAAAUUAUUAAAGUUGUUAUGUGCCUGAGCGCACAAAUGUUAGGCGCUACAAUUGGACAACUUUAAUUAUUUAUAAUUAAAAAAAUAUAGGCUCGACAUUUUUGUAUUAGGGUUUUCGACAUAGAACAUUCCGAAGAAUCCACUCAUAAAAGGACCUCUGCUAAUUCUGGGACACCCUGUAUAUUAUAAGUAUUAUAGAUAUAUACACAUUAUAAAUAUAUUUUAUAAUAUAUUAAAAUAUUGCUUACUUCACGACAAGGGCUCUAAAAAUCUUUUUUAUAUUUAGAGUUGAACUCUAUAAUCUUGCAAUUUAAAUUUAGUUUGUUAUUUUGAGUUUCUAUUUUUAUUUACUUUAAGAAAGCUUCUUGAUUAAAAUUAUUAAUUUAUUUUGUUAAACACUAAGAGAAUCUUAUCCUAAUGCAGUUCGACUUCAAUACUAUUGAUAUUCAGAAUAGUAAUUCCCAAUCGCGCAAGAAUCUCGAGAGUCUCGGCGAGUUAAAUUGGCGGUAACAAGCAUAUACUUUGAUAACAGAUAUUAAAAACGAUCGUACGAGAACACUUUUACGAAAGAAUAUCGUUGCAUUUUUUUUUAAAUUAAAACAUACUCGCAAUUUUUUUAAUAAUUAAGUUCGGUAUUAUUGACGUUUGGAACGCGAAUUAUGCCCGUCUCAUCAAGAUCGCGUUUAAAUUUCUCAUGCUCAUCUUUCAUUUUUCUUUCUGUCCAAAAAUAAUGGAUUUGACGAAGAUAAAAAUGAUCGAGUCAUUUAUAGUGCGAAUAUGAAUAAUGUUAAUUAUUUUAAUUAUAUAAGGGAUCUGACCGUCUCGACAGAAUCUAAAACGCAGAAAAUCAAGAUUAAAAAAAAAAUUACUACGUAGAAUAAUUUAUAUUUUAAAGAUAUAAUAGACAAUAUUUAAACUACAAAUUUGUAAACUUUUUAAGAGGUUGAAUAAAAUGUAAGCUCUAAAAAUUCGGAUGAGUGUAACAUUUUCGGGGGCAAGAGUGAUCCGAAAUUAAAAGGUAAAAUUCUCGUAAACAAAUUUAGCAGCUAUUGUGAAGCGUAGGAUUUUGUUUAAAAUUGUAGAAAGUUUAUUAAAAAAAAAAAAAAAAAAAAAAUAGCC